GAACGUGAGAGAGCGGAUAUGGUGCUAUCAUCAUGGCGGGAUGCAUGAAUAUUGAAAACUGUUUUUAACCUUUGAAUCAAUACUUUUCAUGGCGUUGCUGCUUAUCUGUUCAUCUGAAACUCCAGGAUACCAGGAGACGGGGAACACCAAACCUCCAGUAACGGAUCUCCAGGAUGGGAAGGAGUACGUCAUGUCGGGGUCCAACAGGUUCUGUUACAGAAGCUCUGCGCUGCCGACCUGGAGACAAACAUGGACACGGAUUCAGGUCAAAGUGUGGAGUUCAAACGUGUUUAAGGUGGAGACAGCGGAGGGCGAGGAGGAGCUGCAGGAGCUGGAGCGCUUCAGUGUGUGGGGCUGGUGUCAGAGCUUGUUGCGCGAGCGGCACAAUGAAACCACCAUCAACAUCAAUCUGUUCAGCCAGAAGACGUGUUUCAAGAUCGACCCCGCAGACGCAACAAAGUUCAGUGUGAAGCCCGCUCGUAAAUUUGAUAUCUAUCUGUUUCUGGUUUUCCUCGCUGGAGCGUUGUUGUUCGUCUUUGCAGGAUCGCUCAGCAGGAGUCAAGUUUUCUUCUACUCUGCUGGUAUGAGCACCGGCAUGAUCGCCUCUCUCAUCAUCAUCUUUUUUAUUUUGGCUCGCUUUUUGCCGAAGAAAAGCCCUUUUUACGUCUUGAUCGUCGGCGGCUGGUCGUUUUCUGUGUACGCCAUCCAACUUGUCUGCAGGAACCUCGGCGUGAUUCUGCGGGAACACUGGAACCUGGCAUUAGGUUACGUGUCGGUGGUGGGGUUCAUCACUUUCGCUGUGUGUUACCGCUACGGGCCUCUGGUGGACGAGAAGAGCAUUAACAUCCUGUCGUGGACGCUGCAGCUCUUCGGUCUGCUCCUCAUCUAUUUUGGGAUUCAAAUUCAGCAAGUUGCCUUCGCCAUCAUCGUGGCGGCUCUGUUCUCCAAACACCUGGAGCACCCGGUCCGACUGGCAGCUUCUGCAUGUCGGAGAGUCAGAGGCUGCGUCCGCUGGAAGCCGGAGCCUCGCCGCCUGCUGACUGAGGAGGAGUUUCAGAAGCAGGGCGAGGAGGAGACGCGGCGAGGUCUGGAGGAGCUGAGGAAGCACUGCAGCAGCCCCGAGUUCAGCCCCUGGAAGACCGUGUCCAGGCUUCAGUCCCCGAAAAGGUUUGCUGAUUUCAUCGAAGGCUCUCCUCACUUGGUGUCUAACGAGGUGUCCGUGCACGCGCAGGAAUACGGCUUCGGAGGGUCUUUUUUUGAGGAGGAAUUCUUCGACACGGACGACGAGGAAGAGGAUAAUAAACCCGUGAACGUACCGGAGUGAGGCGCCGCUUCUUAUAAGAGACGUAUGAAAAAUAAGACGAUUCUGCCUCAGAAAGACGAGCAGCGCUCCGUGGCACAAACGUUCCUGAGGAAGAAGAAACAAACAGAACCAGAACCAGAGGGCGCAGCGUGCUGGUGUCUCACGUCUGCAUCAGACUCUUUAAUGUCGUUUCAAAGAAUGUAAAGACGCAACUCUAUGGAACAAAAGCUUGUUACAGAUACGCUGAUAGUGUGUGUGUGUGUGUGUGUGUGUGUGUGUGUGUGUGUGUGUGUGUGUGGUGUGUGUGUGUGUGUGUGUGUGUGUGUGUGUGUGUGUG